AUGGAUGUUGUGAUUGAUAGUCGGGACUCAGUGAGUAAUCUUGAUCAGUCCCGUUGGGGCAUAAAUCUAGACAACCUACUGAAUGAUUCAGACGGUGUGGAAUUUUUCAACAAAUUUCUUUCAUACAAACAUUCUGCAAGUCAUCUCCUUGAUUUCUGGUUUGCCUGCAAGGGCUUCCGAUCAAAUGCUGACUUGUCCAAUCCGGAUAAGCUCUUUCAAGUUGCUAAGGUUAUUUAUAGGACUUAUAUAAAGUCAGGUGCUUCACAUGCAGUUCCGCUGCCUUAUAUUUUAAAACAAAACAUUAAUGAGUGCCUGUCGUCCUACCAUUAUGGGUACAAAAAAGGCCUCUCUUCUAAUGCUUCUGUACAACCUCCCGAUCGGUGCCUGUUUGAUUCAGCACAAAAUGUUGUAAAAAGUCUUCUGGAGCAAAAAUAUUAUCCCGAGUUCCUUACCUUCAUCGCAUGUCCUAGCAAUUUAUUAUGUAUUACUUCAAAUGGACCACUCUGUUCUGACAGAAAAACACGGAACAAGUACCUCGAAUUUCUUUACUCAGACUAUAAACUGGAAAGUCGACGAUCAAAUCGCACUAAGCACAAGUCAUUUUCUGAAUACAAUAGAUUUUCUGCUGAUCAGUCUCCUGGUGCCAAGAAUUUUCAUUCCUUAUUCACUCCAGAUUAUUACCCUGCCAAUAAUAAUAAUUGUAAUGUACCUUCGACUUCAGAACAAAUUUCCACAAAUCCUUUUGUUCGACUUACUACCAGUUGGACAUCUUCAACAAUUCAAUCACCAGUUAUUCAUUCUGCACAACCUGAUCUUCACUAUGAUAAGUCAAAUAAAUCACAUCACCAUCGAUCAACUAGUCGUCAUCAAUUUCUUAACAUUCACGAUCAUCCACUAUCUAGUGGUAUUUUAAAAAUGCCUGCAACAGCCAAUGAUUCCAUAUUAACUGAUAAUCAUCUACAACAAAUGGACAACCAUACAAAAGAUACAACCAAUUCAAAACGACAACAUGAUGACAGCAACAUUUGUGACAAUCAAUCAACAUUUGCCAAUCAGUCAUCUUUCGUGAAUAAUAAUAAUAAUAAUCCACAUCCUGUAAAUAGUUCAAGUCAAAUAUUGACACAAACAUCUAUCACAUCUUCAUCAGGAAUAACGAUUCCGUCAGUGAAUUCAACAUUGAAUAAUAUUGAUUUACCAUUUAUACAUUCACUUAAUUUACAACAAACACAUCAAUCAGAUAACCUCAUAAAAGAGUCUAAUAAUAAUAAUAAUAAUAAUAAUAAUAAUAAUAAUCCCCCGAAGAUAAAUUGGACAAUAAGAAAACAAACCAAUUUAGCUGAAUCUGAUCCAGUUUCAUUUGUUCAAUUAUUAACAGAUCGAUUGGAGAAAGUAAAAGAAUCACGUGGUAAAUUAGAAAAAUUAAUGUCACUUGUUAAUCAUCAGGUUGAUGAAAAACAUCCGACAGAGUCUAAAAAUACUCUACCAAUAGGACAAACUGAUUCACAUGGAUUCAUUUCUGUGAAUCAACAUAAUUCAUCACUUCAUUCAGAUCAUUUAAAUUGGUCACAAUUAAAAUCUAAUUCAUUCACGAAUACUACCAAUAGUCUGAUGAAUGAAGUGAAUUCUUCGACUAUUCAACAGCAUACAUUAAAUUAUCCUCAUCAUUCUACAUUGAUUAUGAAUACUGGAUCUCAAUUAUUGAAUAGUGUUAAUAAAUCACAAGAUGCUCAAGAAAUAUUAGAUGAUCAUUGUUCGCGAAUUUGGGCAGAUGAAUCCGAUAUGAAUAUGGAUACACAAUUAUUAUUAUCAUAUUCAAAAAGGCAACAAAGUGAUAUUAUGCAUACACCAGUAUCUAGUCAACCUUUAUUAAUGACACCGUAUCCUUCGAUGUUAUGUGAUACACUUGUUAAUUCAAUGAAACAUCAUACAACUGGUAUUGUACGCAGUGGAUCUAAUAUUGCAGAAUAUGAAUUGAAAAAAUCAACAGAACAAAAUAAACUUGCUGCAGUAGUUGUUUCUUCUACAGAUUCUUCUUGUGUAUCUUCAAGUAAUAAUAAUAAUAAUAGUAAUGAUAGGACAACAAUACCGGAUAAUACUCAUCGUGGACGACAUAUUACUGCUCCUGGUGGUAAUGUGAGUUAUCGAAGUUUCAGUCGACCCAAUAAAGCUGAUCUACGAUCUAUCGCUUCAUGGGAUAGUGGUGUUGUAAGUAAUUAUUAUGAGAAAAAGCAUCGAUUACAUCAUCAUCAUCAUGAUGAUUUAGAUAUUAUGGAUGAUACAGUAGAUACUGCAUCAAUUUUAGAAGCGGCUAGUUUACAAGCUUUAUCAUCAUCAACUACAGAGUUAGCUCUUGUCAAUGGUGAAGUAACUGCUAAACUAGUUGAGAAAAUUAUACGUCAUUAUCCACGUGGAAUAUUCGAUGGUGAUGAUGAUUAUAUUAAAAAGAAUCAUUCUAAUACAGUCGAACAAUCAUAUUUUAAAUCAAGUCAAUUCAAAGAAACCUCAAAUUUGAAUUAUGCGUAUCCGUUUAGUAGUAGUAGAUUGAGAAGAAGAAGUAAACAAUGUGAAUCUUUUUACGAAUCACCGUCAUCAUCAUUAUCUUACCCAAUCCCUGGUGUUAAUUUGAAUUGUACAUGCUCUGCCAACAAUAGCACCACUGCUGCUGCUGGUACUUGUCAACAACAACAUCCUGGCAUAAUGAUUCCAUGUGAAUGUCAUCGUUGUAUCCAUUGUACACAUUCACCAUCAACAUUAAAUGAUCAUUUAUCAGCAAACUAUUGUAAUUGUAAUUAUAUUCAUCAAUUAAAUGAUAAACCUCAACAGUCUACUAAUUGUCAUAGCCAACAAUUGCCCAUUAUUACUGCUUCAGAUACAUCGAGCACUUUUGACUCAGGAAUAUCAUCUGCAUACGAUCAACUACCUUUAAGAAAACAAGUAAACAACAAUCGAGAAAAUCGAAGCCAGAGCCUUCAUAGUUGGCAAACAAAUCCUAAUUUCAAAGGUAAACAUCUUUCCACUCCACGAGGAAACCGUACACAUUCUGCGUCGAAAUCCCUGUGUGACAAUAAUAAUAAUAAUGAUAACGAUGAUAAUAAUAAUAAUAGUGUCACUACGACUUAUACACGUGAAUGCCCUCUAACAAACUGUCUUAUUUCAUCAUGUUAUGAAUUCGAUUCGAAACAGACAACACCUGGACAACAGUUUGGUCGACAUACUAUGAAUGAUUUACAAUUAUGUGAUUCAUGUUCUUCAAUACAUCAUCAUUAUCAUAACCUUCGUCAUAUUUAUCGUCAUUCUCAUCUUCUUCAUCAUCAUCAUUCUCACUGUCCGGAAUUGAUGGUCAAUGAUUUGAAGUAUAAAUAUGAUAUAAAUAAUGAUUUUAAAAAGCCAACAAGUGGUAAACUACUUCAACAUUGGCUACAAUUACAACAAAAUUCAUCAGAACAUUUACAUACAUCUCUUCAACCUACUACUACUACUACUACUACUAUUACUACUACUACUACUACAACUACUAAUGAUGUUGAUGACAAUGAUGAGCAAAAAGUAAAAUGUUUAUCUUCAGAUAAUGCUGUAUUAUUGUCCAAUGAUAAUUCACAAGCACAGAUUAGCAAAACUAGUAAAGAACCAUCAUCACAUACACGAAAAUCACAUCAUCAUCAUCACCAUCAUCAUCAUAGUCAUCGGAAAUCUAGUGCACAUCGUAUUGGUAAUAAUAAUAAUGUCAAUAUUACUACUACUAAUAAUAGUAGUACUAAUAACAAGAAUCCUAAACAUUCAAUCAAUUUCGACAAUAAUUUGGAGUCGACCAACAAUAUUCGGUUGGAUUUUGACGAGAACAAUGAUGAUCAUGAUGAAAAUAAUACAAGUAGUACUAUACGUUUGGACUCCAAACUAGCUUCAUCAUCAUCUGUGAUGAUGCAGCAAAGUUGUCAUACUACUUCUACAACUGGUUCAUCAGGUGCUGGAUUAGUUGUUGGCUAUUAUUUAUGCGAUGAUCCUGUUCCUUAUCGAACUGUAUGGACUGGUGGUUCACAUAAUCCACCUCCAUCUUCUUCUUCCAUUUCUUCUUCUGGUUUAUUUGUUGAAGUCAAUGAUCAAUCAGAAACUAUAGACAAUUUUCAAACGAAAUUGAGUAAUCAAUCUUUGUUAACAUUAGGACAAUUUAAACAAUUGAUUGCUAAAAAAGGUGUUUAUCGAUAUUUUUUCAAAAAACCUAAUGAUGAAUUUGGUACAGGUGUAGUACAUGAAGAAUUAACAAAUGAUAAUGCUAUUUUACCAUUAUGGGAAGGUAAAGUUGUAGCACGUGUAGAACGUGCUGAUUAG